AUAGGUUUAUUGCAGCAGCAUCUGCUCAGUGAGUUACUGACUUUGAGUUUGUGUGUUGGUUCAGUGAGCAGCAGCUCGCCUCAGCGUUGGAGAUCAUGACGGACACUCAGCCGGAGGACGCGGCUCUGGAGCCCACGCAGGAGCCGGAGCAGAAGCAGGAGCCGCAGCAGGAGCAGAAGCAGGAGAACGGCUGCACUAAAGCGAGCGAGCAGAAGUCGCCGGAGGAGUUCGAGCCCCCCGAGGGCGGCUGGGGGUGGGUGGUGAUGCUGGCCUCCAUGUGGUGCAACGGUUCGGUGUUCGGCAUCCAGAACGCCUUCGGCAUCAUGUUCGUGUACCUGCUGAAGGAGUUCGGCUCCGAGAACGACGACGACCUGCGCUUCAAAACAGCAUGGGUGGGCUCUCUGUCGAUGGGCAUGAUCUUCUUCUGCUCUCCAAUCGUCAGCGUGUUCACGGAUCUGCUGGGCUGUCGGAUCACGGCUGUGGGAGGAGCUGCAGUGGGCUGUGUGGGGCUUCUGGCCAGUUCAUUCGUCACGUCUCUGGGCCCGAUGUACUUCACCUAUGGGAUAGUGUUUGCGUGUGGCUGCAGUUUUGCGUACCAGCCGAGUCUGGUGAUCCUGGGCCACUACUUCAAGCGCAGGCUGGGUCUGGUGAACGGCAUCGUGACGGCGGGCAGCAGCGUGUUCACCAUCACGCUCCCCUACAUGCUGUCGGGCCUGCUGAAGAGCGUGGGCCUGUACCACACGCUGCGGGUGCUGGCCAUCUUCAUGUUCAUCCUCAUGCUGGCCGGACUCACCUACAAACCCCUGCUGCCCAAACCCGUCAGCAGCAGCAAAUCCGGCAGCCGCUGCCCUCCGCUCAGCAGGAUCUUCAACGUCAACAUCUGGAAGUCUCUGGGCUACCGCAUAUGGGCCUUCGGCAUCCCGGCAGCCCUCUAUGGGUACUUUGUGCCUUACGUUCAUCUGAUGAAGCAUGUGGAGGAGCGCUUCGGUCAGGACGCUAAUAAAGAAGUUCUGCUGACCUGCAUCGGCAUCACGUCCGGCGUGGGCCGUCUGAUCUUCGGCAGAGUGGCUGAUUAUGUGCCUGGAGUUAAUAAAGUCUUCCUGCAGGUGUCUUCAUUCCUGGUGAUCGGCGUGAUGUCCAUGAUGAUUCCUCUGUGUCAUAUGUUCGGCGGGCUGAUCGCCGUGUGUCUGCUCAUGGGGCUGUUCGACGGCUGCUUCAUCUGCAUCAUGGCUCCUAUCGCCUUCGAGCUGGUGGGCUCCCAGAACGUGUCUCAGGCCAUCGGCUUCCUGCUGGGCAUGAUGUCCGUCCCCAUGACCGUCGGCCCGCCCAUCGCAG